AUGUACCCUUACGCCGUGCGAAGCCCUACUCAGUCAUUGGCUGGAGAAGCUCUCCCUAUCUACCUCGUCAACACAAACGCGGGGCAUCGGUGGAGCAGCUCGGCAGUCGCAGAUGUUUCGAUGCGUCGCGCGCGCAGGUUAGGAAUGCGCGAGUAUGGCAGUCAAGAAGUAGGACAUGCAGACGCCUUUGUGGGCGUCACCGGGCACGGUGAUUUUUGA